UUUAAUCGCUCAGUGCCACAAAAAACAGCUUUAACAAUUUAAACAAAAAUGGACAUUACGACUAAGCAAGGUGAAUUUCCCCUGGUAAAACUCUCUACAAAGUUGUUAAGAAACAUUCGUUUUUGGAACGAUUCUCCGGGACAAAGGAUUCCUUCCUUCGGUUUGCUGGUUACUGCCACAUAUCCAAUAAUAUGGCUUAUCCCUAGCUGGUUGUUUCUUGUCAGCUCGCAGGAUAAUGUCACACAUUUCAUGAAGGCAGCUAACGAACAGAUAGUGUUCUCCCUUAUCUUCUGCAAAUUGUGCUUCUACGCAAUUCAUUUUCGUCGUUGGGAGAAGCUGUUUUACAAUCUGCAACGUUCGUUCAGCAGCGUUCUGAACAAUCCAAGUCUCGAGAUUCAAACCAUUUUGGGACACGUAACGAAAUCGACCCAUAAGCUCACUAAAUACUACUGUUCUACAGUAAGCUUCAACUGUGCUGCGUACGGCUUAUUUCCAAUGUUGUUCGUAGUGGUUAAAUAUGCCGUGACGGGUUCGUACGACGUACCGCUUUCAACACCGAUCGAGGCAAACUAUUUUAUCCCCGGCCUGCGUACAAACUUUGGGUUUGGUUGCCAGUGA